AUGCGGCCAUACCUAACGCCUCGCUUCAGCCACCUCAUGCUAGAGGAAGACUCUUCGGAUCACGAGAGUACUGACAAAGACGAGGCGGAUGGUUCACAGGCCGAGCUGACUAAGUGCCUUGACCCCAGCGCGGAAUCAAAGGAGGAGAUGGAAAGCUGGUUGAUCAGCCAGCUUGCUACAAAACGUCCGACGAUUGCUAUGUGGUGUGAGCAUUGGGCCAGCCGGAUGGACACGGUGACGACGUACGAGGAGCAGCUCAUUAUCCGGUCGCUAUUCUUGCAAAGCCUCUGCAGACUUAUGAGUCUUUCCAGAUCUUGCAUUCCGGGCCUGAGUACAGCGGAGACAGCAGCGGAUGCUUACAUAUUACUCGACAUUGAGGAUGCUGGUUUGAAGGCUCGGGUACCGGAUCCGGAUGCAACUCAGAGGCUGUCAAAUUUGCCGCCUUUUAUAGCCUUCAGCGCUGUCUCGAAUGACUUGUGUCGGAUUGCUGGGAGCCGCAGCCACCUUGUGGACCUUAUUGUUAAGCGACAGGCCGUUUUUUUCCACGGGCUCCUUAAACACUCAACCUUGUGCAAGCUGUCAGCUCCUGUCGUGAUAUUUGAUACUCUUCGCACGCAAGUUAUCCUCGGGGAGGCUAUUGCGAACACCGCAGAAGAUGCCUCCCAGGCGAGGAUACUCGAGGAGCCAAGGAUCGAUCAACUACGGUUGACCAACUGGCAGAUACGGCGGCUUGUCCUUCCUGGGGCGGAUAUCCAGGCUAUUCUUGCUAAUGAGCAGUUAAGGGUCUUCCGCCGGGAUCCUGAUCCGGAUGUCAUUGAUAUGGACUUUGUCGACCUGACCAAUGUUCUCCCUUGCACCCCUUUGAGACACGGCGCGGCGGAUGAGGACGCACAUCAGAGUGGUCUCCUUCGAAGUCUGUUCGGUAGACUGCAACAGCAGGCUAAGGGGGCCGGCAGUUCAUCGUUACAGACCGGAUAUACACAGGUGUUGACACAGAAUGCGGCUGUUGAACAGCCUCCUCCAACGGCUGCCUCUGUUAACGGAAGCCGGCCCAACUCAGUCACCAGCGGUUCCGGUAGUGGAGGAAGGGGCUUGAUGUCACCAGUGCGCGAGCUCUUUAUCGGAAAGAAAUUUGUCCCAACCAAGCGAGGUGCAGAUGGGGCACCUAAGGUAUCUUCCAGGGCAUUAGAGAUGACGAGAGACGAUGUAAGAGAGGCGAUAAGACAAGAAGUCUUGCUGGCGAGGGAUGAUGUGGACGUAAAGAAGAAGGCGAAGGAGGAACUGGAGACCGAGAUCAAGGAACAACUCCGCGAGGCUCUCAAGGGUCUAAAGGCUGAGCUCAAGUCUGAGAUGAAGGCCGAGCUCAAGUCUGAGAUGAAGGCUGAGCUCAAGUCUGAGAUCAAGGCCGAGCUCAAGUCCGACAUGAAGGCAGAUAUCAACCGCAUGUCAGCUGAGAUUGGCGCUGUGGUUGAGACUACUGGAAAUUUUCAAAACGCAUUCGACGAGCUUGCCCAGAUAAACAAGCUCACGUCCAUACUGAAUCGGAAGGACCCCCCCUCGCCACCUCCACCCCCUCCGCCACGUCUGGGGGAAGAGGGAUACCUCAACGUCAAGUGUCCAGCGCAGGAUGGACAGGACCAGCAAGCAUACACCGUCGCCCUUACACGGGCAGCAUGGUUUUAUAUCAAUUAUUUUGGUGACCCGGAUGGCGGCGUUGAUGCUGAUGAGGAUGCAAUUAACGCCACAACGAACAAGUUCCCUCAUUUAUCUUUGGAGCACAUUGUCAUAGCCCUGGACCACAUUCAGAGACUGAAUUAUAAUCGGCCUUUCAGUCUUGGGAUAGAGGAGGCAGAAGAAAAUUCUGAUGCUGACGAAUGA